AUGUCAAAGCAGUACUUGACCACGCACACAGUGGAUGAUGCUCAUAUCACAGAUAUUUUCUCAAUAGCUACGACUCCAAGGGCAGUCCUCUCAGCAGGCGGCUCUUCAACCCUCCAUGUACACGACACGACAGACCCUUCAUUCCCUCUGAAGCAGUCCAUCUCCAACGCCCACAAGCUAGGUUGCCACCACAUCUGCACGUCGAGAAAUGGAAAAGUUGCAGCAAGCGCGGGCUUCGGGGGAGAGGUGAAACUGUGGGCAUUAAACCAAGACACUGGCGAGUGGUCAAGCAGCGGUGAAAUCACUGGACCGUCAGUCAAACCCGGUGAGGUGUGGGCAGUGGCACUGAGUGAAGACGGGUCAUAUCUAGCCAGCACUACCAACGACGGACGCAUCAACGUCUGGGAUGUCACAGGCGACAAUCAGACCAAGAUUCAAGAGUAUGAGACAGGCAGUCCUGGGUCAGGGAGCUUCGGCAUGAGCGUCGAUCUCAGCAGAGAUGGCAAAUACACCGCCAGUGGGCAUCAAAACGGAGCAGUGUACAUUUUCAACAACGACACGGGGAGGAUCUUGUAUUCACUAUCUGGGUUGGCGAAGCCUGUUCGAGCGGUAGCCUUCUCGCCUGCGAGUACAAGACUGGCUGCUGCUGGUGAUGCGGGAAUCAUUGCCCUCUAUGACAUGAAGCAUGGCGAGCAUGUGGGCAAUCUCACUGGACAUUCUUCAUGGAUUACGACUAUCGACUGGAGUGAUACGGGGGAGUUUUUGCUCAGCGGCUCCAUGGAUGGGAAGGUCAAAGUGUGGUCAAUUGAGCGCAGUGCCUGUGUGGCUACGCAUAGUGAGACAGACAAGGCGUUAUGGGCGGCGAGAUGGCUUCCCAAGACUGGGAAGAGCGAGAUGUUCUGUACUGCGGGUGCAAAUAGGAGCCUGACUUUCUAUCGUGAGGCAACUGGUGGUUGA